GCCCCAGGGCUACCGGGCGGGCGGAAGGCGGCGGCGGAGACCAGGCGCGGAGCCAUGGCCGAGCUGCUGCGGACGCUGGCGGGAAAACCAAAAUGCUCCGCACCUCUACCCAUGAUCCUUUUCCUAACAAUGCUUGUCUUGGUCUUGUUUGGUUACGGGGUCCUAAGCCCCAGAAGCCUAACGCCAGGAAGCCCGGAACUGGAGGCCCGCACACCUCUUAGGGAACCGGGCGGUCUGCAGAGUGUCGCAUUGCCAAGGAUGGUCUACCCCCAGCCAAAGACGCUGACACCCUGUAGGAAAGACGUCCUUGUGGUGACCCCUUGGUUGGCUCCCAUCGUCUGGGAGGGCACCUUCAACAUCGACAUCCUCAACGAGCAGUUCAGGCUCCGGAACACCACCAUCGGGUUGACUGUGUUUGCCAUCAAGAAAUACGUGGCCUUCGUGAAGCUGUUCCUGGAGACGGCGGAGAAGCACUUCAUGGUGGGCCACCGGGUCCACUACUACGUCUUCACCGACCAGACGGCCGCGGUGCCGCACAUGGCGCUGGGGGCUGGCCGGCAGCUGUCGGUGCUCGAGGUGCCCGCCUACCAGCGCUGGCAGGACGUGUCCAUGCGCCGCAUGGAGAUGAUCAGCGACUUCUGCGAGCGGCGCUUCCUCCGCGAGGUGGAUUACCUGGUGUGCGCCGACGUGGACAUGAAGUUCAGCGACCACGUGGGUGUGGAGAUCCUGUCCCCGCUGUUCGGGACCCUGCAUCCCGGCUUCUACGGAAGCAGCAGGGCGGCCUUCACGUACGAGCGCCGGCCCCAGUCCCAGGCCUACAUCCCCAGGGACGAGGGCGAUUUCUACUACCUGGGGGGGUUCUUCGGGGGAUCAGUGCAAGAGGUGCAGCGGCUCACCAGGGCCUGCCACCAGGCCAUGAUGAUCGACCAAACCAACGGCAUCGAGGCCGUGUGGCACGACGAGAGCCACCUGAACAAGUAUCUGCUGCGCCACAAACCCACCAAGGUGCUGUCCCCUGAGUACCUGUGGGACCAGCAGCUGCUGGGCUGGCCCCCCAUCCUGAAGAAGCUGAGACUCUCACAGGUCCUUCCCCAGAUCCAAGAGGCUCUCCUGUGACCUGCUGACGGGCAGCUGCCUACUUGUGAUAGCACCUCCCCCCACAUGGUAAGGGACCCCUCCCCAGGCCACACCUGGCAGAAGAUGGCUGAUGAUGUUAGAAGCUUGAAAAUAGUCUAAACCAAAAAUAAAAUUCUAAGCCCACUCCCCCAACCAUCUGAAUGGACCCCUCCUCUAGGCCAGGGCACUCCAAAGUUAACCUGAAAAACUGCUUCAGGCUGUGAAGAGAAGGUGGGGUGGACAUGCCUCAUUUAUACCCUCCUCCCUUUUGGGAUUCCGCAAAAGCUGACCAGCACUGAACAUCAACACAGGCCUUACGUCUGAUAAGAGGCGUUUACAGUCCUUUCUCUCUGAAGCCUGUUACCUGGAGGCUUCAUCUGUGCGAUGUAACUUUGGCCUCCACAACCCCUGAUCAUAACCUAGACCUUCCUUUCUAGUGAUAACUCUUUCAACCAAUUGCCAAUAAAAAAUUGUUGAAUCUACCUAUAACCUGGAAGCUCCCCGCCCCACCUGUCUGGAUGAACCAAUGGGUAGCUCGCAUGUGUUUGAUUGAUGCCUCAUGUCUCCCUAAAAUGUAUACAGUUAGGCUGUGCCCAGAUCGCCUGGGCACCUGUGCUCAGGACCUCCUGAGGGCUUGGUCACGGGCCAUUGGUCACUCAGAUUUGUCACAGAAAAAAACCUCCUGAAAUACUUUAGAGUUUGACCCUUUGGUUGACAAUAGGCUGAUCAAAUUAAAGCUGUUGGAACUUUAAAUGACUCUGAGCCUUGAAGGAAUGUGAUUCUGAGACACUAGUCAAGCAGCGAGUCGCU